UUUGGACCUCGCUCGCCGCUUCGUCCUCGUCUGGUCCGAAGUUAUCCACACAUGGCAGUGGCAGUGGCAGUUGCAGUUGCUCAACGGAACCUCGCUCGCUGGCCUCCGGCGGUCGCAUCGACCGCCGCUCCUCGUCCUCGGACCUUCCCGUUUUCUGCUAAUACCAUCAGAUUCUCCGCCAAUUUUAUCGUUCCGAUCGUUUAUCCGCCGCUUUUCGCCGAGCCCCGCCCUGUUCUCCGGCUUGCGAGGGCCGUCGGAGGAUUCGAUCAGGUAGGCGGUAGUGGAAACCAAAGCUCCGAGGAUUCAGUUUCUCAGAAGGCAUCUACCUGGGCAGAGCCGUUGUUGGACUUUGUGGCAACCAAUUUCCUUCCUCUAGCUCUUCUUUCUGGGAUAGCUCUAGGACUUGUAAAUCCAACUCCUGGUUGUCUCGCCCACAAACUCUCUUUGUCAAGAUUUAGUACCUGUGGGAUAUUCUUUAUCUCAGGGAUCAUGUUGCACAGUAGAGAGCUUGGUGCAGCUGUAGAAGCUUGGCCUGCAGGUCUUUUUGGGCUUGGUUCAAUUUUGCUGAUAACUCCUUUUUUCUCAAGGCUUGUUCUACAAAUUCAGCUCACACCUCAUGAACUAAUCACUGGAUUGGCUGCCUUUUGCUGCAUGCCAACAACCUUGUCAAGUGGAGUUGCAUUAACACAACUUGUUGGUGGUAAUUCUGCUCUUGCUCUUGCAAUGACAGUGCUCUCUAACUUGCUAGGCAUUCUUAUUGUUCCAUUUUCACUUUCAAAAUUGAUAGGAGCAGGAGCUGGGAUAUCCGUGCCUACUGCACAAUUAUUUAAAAGCCUUAUUAUGAUGCUCUUAGUUCCUCUUGUUAUAGGGAAGGUCAUUCGUGAUUCAUCAAAAAGUGUGGCAGAAUAUGUAGAUCGAAAUCGGCGGUCUUUCUCAAUGAUUAGCGCAAUACUUCUUGGUCUAGUGCCAUGGAUGCAAGUGAGCAGAUCAAGAUCUUUGCUCUUAACAGUUAAGCCAGCAAUUUUUGCUAUUGCAGUUGGCAUGGGAAUUCUCCUACAUUUCGUUCUGUUGGCAUUCAACACCAUUGCAGUGCGAAGUCUCUCAGUAGUCUCUGGCGGUGACCAAUCAGUUUUCUCAAAGAAAGAAAAUUUACGAGCUGUCAUAAUAGUUGCUAGUCAGAAAACUCUGCCUGUUUUGGUAGCUGUUGUCGAGCAGCUUCAGGGAGCACUUGGUGAGGCUGGAUUGUUGGUCCUUCCCUGUGUUGCCUUACACAUUAACCAGAUCAUCAUUGAUUCUUUUCUAGUGAAUUGGUGGUUAAGGAGGGACCAAAUAUCUGCAAAAUCUAAAGAAGUUUAGAGCCUUCACAACCUCCCUCUCCACAAAUUGAACCGAAUUGCGAACCUUCUUUGGAUCUUCUAAAUUUGUUAGCUCAUACUUAACCUGAGAUCAAAGAACUAUGAUUGUUCCACGAUACUGCUGCAGACUGUCUCAUGAUCUCUAAGAAUAAUCAAUUUUGGAGACAGGACUAGAUAUAACCAAAAACAAAACAACUGUGACAUUUGUUUGCUACGGAGUGAAGUUUGACGAGAAACUGUUCAGCAACUACAUUCGAA